AUGUCCGUAGCUCGGCUUCCUGCUGAGAGCAAUAAUCUGAAGCCUAAAAGAGCUAGAAUGGAAAUCCGACCAGUUCUGGGCUUCUCGAAUGAGGACAAGAUCGGAACCAUUCAACCCCAUGAUGAUGCUCUGGUGGUCACACUUAGGAUAGGAGGGUAUGAUGUGAAGAGAGUGUUAGUAGACCAGGGUAGCACUGUCGAGGUCAUGUACCCCGACCUGUACAAGGGGCUGGGGUUAAAACCUGAGGACCUGACAACCUACAAUUCCCCUCUGAUUAGUUUCAAGGGGAAGACUGUUAUUCCAAAGGGUCAGAUCAGACUACCCAUACAGACUGGUUCGGAAGUGGUGGAGAUAAACUUCAUCGUGGUGGAUGCCUAUUCCCCCUACAUGGCUAUUAUGGCCAGACCCUGGCUCCAUGCUCUAGAAGCCGUUUCAUCCACCCUGCACCAGAAAGUGAAAUACCCCUCAAGGGGCCACGUCGAAGAAAUUGUAGGGAAUCAACCUGUGGCUCGGCAAUGCCUUGUGGCCACCAUCUCACGGCAACACAAAACUAGCUCCUCGGCUACUGCCGAAAGGGACUUAUAG